CUAAUGCUAACCUGCAGUGAACUAAGUGCUUCUCUAUUCCCCAAUUGCUUGGAUCCAUGUUAAGAUGCGUUACUUGUUGUGUAUUGGCUCAGUUUCGAGUUUCGUUCCGGUUUGAUGCUUAAUUUUGUUCUAAUCUCUCGUUAAUUCAUUGCUACUUUGCACAACAUGAGGCUAGGCUAUCAAUGCAUCCAAAGACAAAUGGCAGGGGAAUUAGGUCCAUUAGAAAUUUUCAAGGGAGUUAAAAGUACCAUGAUACUCUCCUCGUUGUUAUUAGUUGUUCUCAUUAACCAGUGCCCUUUUUUAGUACACGGACCUGGGCAUGUUCAGUUUCAUUUGAAGCAAAUUUGACAACUGUUCCAUUUCCUUUUGGUACCAUAUCACGAUGCUGUUCGUUUGCCUGCAUGGGGUGUUCUUAAGCUAGAAAGUUCAUUGGGUUAGUGUUAAGGCCUUUUACUGUUUUACACGUUUCCUCAUGCUGCGUUUUUUUGGAGAAAAUUGCUGCCAGUACUUUACUCAGUUGAGCAAAGCCGCUUCUCCUGUAUAUGAGUGCUUGGUAUAAUGUUGGUAUCUCCCUUGUUUCAGUUUUGAGGGUAAUGUACCUCUCACUGGAAAUAGCCCUUUUUCCUUGCUUAUGACCUUUGUUUGCUUUACUUGUAGAACCUGUUGCUUCUUAGGACAUUCGUUGUACUUUAGGUCAUCAUUUUCGUUCUCUUGUGGCAGAGAUUCGAAAUUUCAUUUCAUAGCUGAUUGGUGGCGCCUUAAGUAUACUCAGUUCUGCAGAGUUUAUCAUACAAAUGUACCGUGAUUCUGUACAGAUUUGCAUGGCCAGACUUUUCAUUUGAUGACAGGUCUAUUGUGUGGGGGUAGAAGGUAUACCCAUGUGGCCCAGUGGUAAAGUAGAUAGUUGAAGUCAUGUUUAAGCCUCCAUUGUCCUCUUUAAAAUUAAAGCCAGAGUUUGCUGACACUAUGGACGAAUCACGAAAAAGAGAUGUUCCUACUGCAAAUGCUAAAAAUAUAAGUUCACCCCUUGAUGAAGAUUUUGGAAAUGAUUUUCUUUCAUCUUGGAAGCUACCAAAAUCAGGAAAAGACACAAUUGACUUCAGUGUUGACUCAGUUCCAAAGUCUAGCAAGAGAUUCAGCUUUGGCAACCUAGAUGACUUCGGACUUGAUGGAGCCUUUGACAAAUUACCAUCAUUUAAAAUGGGCAUGUCUGAUCUGGAUUUCUCUAGUCCUCUCAAGAAAAAAGCGAAGCACAGCAGUUCGAAUGGUGAUGAUCUUUCUGAUGGGAAAAAGGAAAGUGAAAAGGACAAUUUCUCCUUCUCCUUUGAUUUCAACGAGCUGGGAAAGUUUAGUCUUGAUGCAAAGCUAGGAAUUGAGGAAAAAAGUAUGAAUAAAUUUACUGGUAAAGUUGACCCUGUCUCCUCAGAGGGUAACAAGGAUGCACAAAGAGGUCUUUCGGCUAAGACCAGUGCUAUUCCUGAAGAUAACAAUAGUAAGGGCAAACCCCAAACACAGGAUGUUUGCACUUUAAGACCUUCUCAUCCGACAAAUCAUGAGAGUGUAAAGAAUGCCAGUCGACCGGCUUCAAAUAUUAAUGCUACUGAUUCAUCUGACAAGAUCCAAGAACAUACCAGUGUUAGUCCUGCAAUAAUGAAACAAACUAAAGUAGACUCAGCGCCCAAUGGCAAUCAUAGAGAGCUUCCUAAAGAGAUAUGCCCAACAAAAGCAGCUGUUAACAUACCUCGUCAGAAUUUCUCAGGCAGUGCUCUGUCUGGUGAAGAUCCAACACAACUGCUAGCAGAUCCUAUGAACAGUAAAGGUGCUACUAUAGCGGACAUUGGUAAAGUUCACAUGUCACUGGAGAGUAAUGACAAAGAGCAGUCGAUUGGUUCACAAUCCAAGGACACCAGCACCAUUGAUCCCAAUGUCUCAGGAAGCCUGUUGGGUCAUUUUGAUUCCCAGAAUGAGGUUAUGGAGGAAAGUGCCUCUCUUAAUGAAGGAAGCCAAGGUAACCGAAGUUUCAGCGGAGUUCAUAAGAAGCUUUUGAAGAAGACAUCAUAUGGGACAAAGGAUACUGAUGAAGGGAAGGAAACUGAUGAAGGGACUUCAGGUCAUAAGAGUCUCUCCUCUUCGAUGCAGAGAAAUGUUGAAUCUGCACUGGCGAAUGAGACAGGAAGUUUUUCUCUUGUAUCCAAGUCUACAAAUAUGAAAGCAAGCAGGGUCGACCUAACUUCAGAAACAGCCUUAAAUCAACUAUCUGGUGCAAGUAAAGUGAUACAAAAGAUGACAUUACAUCCUACAGAUUUGAAAAGGGAGCACAAGCAAGCUAAUGGAGGACCUGACAAAUGUAAAACUGCUCUGUCAAAAACAUACAGCAAGCCAGCAUCACAUGGGCUAUUGACCACCUCCAUUAACGCCAAAGGUGACAGAAAUGCUAAAUCAGGGCUUGAGCCUCCUAGCUCAGGGAACUCAUCUCUGCUGAAUGCUCGAAAUAGCACAGCACAUAGCACUGGUCAUAAAAUUGUUGCAAAUCAUGUGCUUCUAAAAAGUAGUAAUGCUCCUGAUUCAUUACAAGUUACUCAUUCCAAGGAUAUAAAAAUGUCAAGAAUUUCUCAUCUGACAGGGGCAAGAGUUGCAAAAUUAGGAAUCAGGAGUCCAAUGUCUGACAGGGUUCCUGAGAAGGAAUCAGUACAACUGAGUGGGACCAAGGGUUCCCCUUUAACAACAUCCCAAACCCUUAACUCUGUUCCUGAAGGAAAACCUGCAUUGCCUAGCCCAGCCAUAAUGCAAAAGAUUCCUGAGGGAUCAGUUCGAGAUCCAAAAACUCCUACAGUGCUCAAACGCAUCAUGAGGUCUCCAGCUGUAAGAAAAUCACCUCAGACUGUUCCAGAGUUGGGAAAUGAAAUGAUUCUGCGAAGUGGAACUCCAAAAGCUCAUGUGGAUAUUGCAAUCUCCUCACAUAUGCCCUCUGAGAUGGGAGACAUUUCAGAUCUAGAGUUGCCUAUGCUGUUAGAAAACGAUGGAAACUUAGAAAAAGCUGAGGCCUGUAGAAAAGAGCUCGAAGAUAUAUGCAUUUUAUUGAAAAGGAAACAUGCAGAAGCUAAAGAGCUAGCAGUUCGGGCUAUUGUUAACAACAAUAACAUGCUGAUGUUAAACCACCCAAUGUUUGAGGAGAAAAUUUACUCGAUUCAGAAAUUUGCGAACAACCUGAGAUCCAAGAAGUACUUAUUUGAAGAAGUUGGCAGCAUUAACACCCAUUGAUGCGGGACAGGUGUGGGGAAAGAAUUGCCUCGCCCUGUUGGAGCAUGGGAAUCUAAGUGCAACCGAACAGCUCAGGAUCAAGUGUAAAUGCAAUCCUGAACAUAACAAACUAUCUUCCUCGUGCAUUUUGUUAGACGGUUGGCUUCCGUGGACGUGUCCAUUCACACAGCAUAGCAAUUGUUGAGUGUCUAUAGGUCCUUAUAAUCUGAUAAUUCUGGUUGUGGGAUAUAACCUUGAGCUCAAUGACUAGGUGAGCACUAUGUCAAUCCCUGUCUCCAUCUAUGCUAGUUGGAGUGAGCGUGACAACACUCAAAUUAGAUUGAUGCUGGGGAGAAGUUGCAAGAACAAUGAGCGUACAACAAUUGUGGUGGAUGACUAGACUGCCCUUUCCAACCUAAGCCUGAUGUAUAGGGUUAAAAGCCAGUAAUUUUUGUUGCUUCUACCUUUAGGUAUGUUAGUGUUAAAAGCUGGUAAAAAUUUGUGGUCUUUUAGUUAGCUGCUAUGGUUAUCUAGUUGCAGCACACUCGGUUGCACUGACAUAUCAGAUGGCUAAGAACGUAAGACAUAGUGGGUUGGUAUUUCUUUCUCAUUGUUUACUUUUCGAGCAUAUGCACGCUAGAUCAAUGUUGUUAGUUAAGCUGUAGCUUGAGCAGCUGGGCCUCAUAUCCUCCCAUUGUGAAUAGGCAUGCCUCUACUAAGUUCUUCCUGUUCUCUAGGUUGAGUCUUUUUUUGGCUUAAAAUUCUUCUAAUCCAAUUAUUGCGCUUGGGCUGCACAUUUAUGAA